UUCCGUGUUCCGGCUUCCUGCCGCUGCCGCUGCUGCCGGCGAUGCGGGGAGCGCGGGGCGGCGGCGGGAGGAGCCGCCUGCUCGCGGGUGCCGCGGGGCGCCCGGGUGGUGUGGCUGAGCUGGGGAUGAAGGCAGAAGCCUGACGCCUAGCAUCAUAGACAGCUUUACACCCACGGGCUCAGGCUGGGUCCCACUGACUGCAGCAGGAGAAUCAUUGGCGAGAGGAAGCCCCUAGCCAUGGGCAGCCACGAGAGGGACCCAGCCUCCCCCAAGAGGGCACCAGCCCCAUCCAGGUCCAACAGCACCGUGUCUUCUAAGCAUGGCAGCGUUCACCAGGGCUCAGAGAGCUGGGAGAUGGUGGACGAGCCAUGGGGCAGAAGCGGGCCAGGGCAGGAGCUGGAGAGGCAGGAAGGCUACAUGCUGAAGAAGAGGAAGUGGCCUCUGAAGGGUUGGCACAAGAGGUACUUUGUGCUGGAGGAGGGGAUCCUGAAGUAUGCCACCACACGCCAGGAUGUCCUCAAGGGAAAGCUGCAUGGUUCUAUCGAUGUCCGUCUGUCUGUCAUGUCUGUCAACAAGAAGGCGCAGCGUGUGGAUCUGGAUACAGAGGAGAACAUCUACCACCUCAAGAUCAAGUCCCAGGAGCUCUUUAACAGCUGGGUGGCCAAGCUCUGCUCUCAUCGCCUGGCUGAGAAGCCAGAGGUGCCCAACUAUUCUGCCCCCAAAGCGAGGCUCCCAUCAUCCCCCUCACAGGGCUGUGGCUCCCGGGCCUGGGUCCUGCCAUCAGGCAGCACCCCAGCCCUGUCCACCCUGACCAGCCCCAGGGACAAGGUGAGCACCUGGCUGAAGAACAGUGAGUGCCUGGAGCGCUGCUCAGCAGAGCUCUCCGAGUGCCAGGGGAAGCUGCAGGAGCUGAACAAGAUGCUCCAGAGCCUGGAAACAUUGCACCGCAUCCCGUCUGCACCUCUUAUCUCCAACAGCCAGGGCUCAGUUGGUACAGAGAGGCCCAAGAAAGGAAAACGCACCACCAAGAUCUGGUGCACCCAGAGCUUUGCCAAAGAUGACACCAUUGGCAGGGUGGGCCGCCUGCACGGCUCUGUUCCCAACCUCUCGCGGUACCUGGAGCCAUCUCAGAGCCAGCCAGCCUUCAGCCUCCCAGCAGAGUACAACCAGCUGCAGAGGAACUUCUGGGUCCUGGCCCAGAAAGUGCAUGGGUCCCUCAGCAGCGUGGUGGCUGUGCUGACCACGGAGAGGGAUCGCCUCCAGGAGAUGCAGCGGGCACUGGACUUGCAACGCUCUGCCACACGCCUGGGCAGCGCCAGGAACUCUGCCACACCUGGGAGCCUGGAUCACCAGGAGUGCCUGCGGCGAUUCCACUCCCUUUCUCUCUCCUCUGAUGCCACCCUGGACUCCUUCACCUCACUUACCCCAGCUGAGCCAGACACCCUGCUGGUGAAGGGACGGGAGCAGCAGCUGUCCAACCGCAGCAUUGUCUCGCUGUCCGACUCGCACACAGAGUUCUUCGAUGCCUGCGAGGUCUUCCUGUCUGCCAGCUCCUCCGAGAAUGAGGCAUCAGAUGAUGAGUCUUGCCUCAGUGAGGCUACCAAUAGCAUCUCUGAAGACAUGGUGGAUGCAGGGGGGGCUGGGCGCUUCCAUAAAGCAGGGCUGGUUGCUGUGGAUGUGCCAGGCACGUCUGAGCCAGGUGGGGGGCCACUGGCACGCCAGCUCCUCUCCCUCCCUGUGCUGGCAUCUACGGGGGUCCCACGUCGAAGCUGCUUGCCAGCCCCCAACGUCCACUCAGGUGACGUCAGCCUGUGGAAUAUCCUGCGCAACAACAUCGGCAAGGACCUGUCCAAGGUGUCAAUGCCGGUGCAGCUCAACGAGCCCCUCAACACCCUGCAGCGCCUCUGUGAGGAGCUUGAAUACAGCGCCCUGCUGGAUGCCGCCAGCUGCAGCCCCGACCCCUGCGAGCGCCUGGUGUAUGUGGCUGCCUUUGCUGUGUCUGCCUAUGCCUCCACGUACCAUCGUGCUGGCAGCAAACCUUUCAACCCUGUCCUGGGUGAGACAUACGAGUGUGUGCGGCCAGACAAAGGCUUCCGCUUCAUCAGCGAGCAGGUCUGUCACCACCCACCCAUCUCUGCCUGUCAUGCUGAGUCAGACAACUUCAUCUUCUGGCAAGACAUGAAGUGGAAAAACAAAUUCUGGGGCAAGUCCCUGGAGAUCAUUCCUGUGGGGACCGUGAAUGUCCAGCUGCCCAAGUUUGGGGAUCACUUUGAGUGGAACAAAGUUACAUCCUGCAUCCACAACAUCCUGAGUGGCCAGCGCUGGAUCGAGCACUAUGGCGAGGUCCUCAUCCGCAACACAAAAGACAGCACCUACCACUGCAAGAUCACCUUCUGCAAGGCCAGAUACUGGGGCUCCAAUGUCAACGAGGUCCAGGGAGCUGUGUUCAGCCCCAGCGGAAAGGUGAUCCACCGCCUCUUUGGCAAGUGGCAUGAGGGGCUGUUCCGUGGCACACCCCCCACCGGCCAGUGCAUCUGGAAACCCAACCCCAUGCCCCGGGAGUAUGAGAAGAACUAUGGCUUCACCCAGUUCGCCUUGGAGCUUAACGAGUUGACGCCAGAGCUCAAACGCUUCCUGCCUUCCACGGACACACGGCUGCGCCCUGACCAGCGGUACCUAGAAGAGGGGAAUGUGCAAGCAGCAGAGUCCCAAAAGCGCCGAAUCGAGCAGCUACAGAGAGACCGACGCAGGGUGAUGGAGGAGAACAACAUCAUCCACCAGGCACGCUUCUUCAGGCGGCAGACAGAUUCCAGUGGCAAGGAGUUGUGGGUCAGCAACGGCUCCUACUGGAAGCUGCGGCUGGAUCCUGGCUACACCAACUUGGACAGUGCUGUCCUGUGGUAGCCAGUGGUUUCCUGAGGAGCUACCGUGGUCUCUGUCCUCUUCUCCCAAACCUGGGUGUGCAGGGACCUGCUGGCAGGGCCUGGGCCUACAACAUCCCUGAGGAAAACGAAGCACCAGGUCCCAGCAUCUCCCUGCCCUCCAACUGGGAUUCCCUGGGAUUUUACUGGGCCUCAGCAGCACUUGCCACUGGACGAUGAAAGGUGUCCCAGCCCUUCCCAGGUCAACCCGCUGCCUGUACCAUCAUCACCGCUGUCUGCUGGCCAGGCAGUGCCCUCACUACUGUGGGCUGGCCUUUGACAGUGGACUUUCAAAAGUACUGACUAGUUGCACUUAGCACUGCCCUUCACACCCCCACCUACCUCCCCUCCAGCCAGGGGGCACCAGGAGGGUGGGGUAAGGGCAGCUUUCCCUUUCCCCCAUUAUUUGUAUUAAUUUCAAUCAGCCUCAAAAAAGGGGGUAAAAUAUGCCCCAACCCCUUGCCUUGGCACCUUGGGAGAACAGGGUCUGAGAGGUGUUUGCAAAGAAAAGGCAUUAUCGUGGGGGUAGCACUUGUAUGCCCACAAGGAGGAACCACUCACCAGCCCCCAGGAUGUACCUGGUGCCCUGUCUUAAUGCUGCAUCUCCCCAGGGAGAUCAACGAGCAGAGUUGGCUAUGCUACCUCUUUGCUGCCACCUGGUUCCCACUCCCAAGGAAGGGAAGCAUUUCGGUAGUUGGGAGAAGGCGGGGGAUUCAUGGCUGCUUUGGCCUCUCUUGGUGCUUGUCUUCACUGCUGAGAUUACUCAAGUCCUGUCUGCAGCUCCAUGCCUGUCCCUCAUGUCUGGGCAGGGGUGGAGGGUAACUUGAGCUUCCUCUGGGGGGACUGGGAGCAGGGUGGAUGCACCACUGUGUAACCACACCCUGCAUUCACUGACACUUGUGGGCAGCAUCUUAGUACCAGGAGCCUGGCCCUGGCACUGCCUGGCUGCUGGGAGCAGGGCUGCUGGUGGAUGGCAGUGUGGCUUCUGCAGCAGGCCCAAGCCUCUCACUCCUGUGGUGUCCCCUCAAUGAGCCAUGUCCAAGAGGGGACCAAGGUGGCUACCUAAGAGUGUGUGACUGGUCAGCUGCUGCUCUGGCCUGGUGGGCACUAGCUCUCCUGGAAUCUGCCACCCACCCUGGAGCCAGGUUCCCAUCAGCAUCUUGUGGGGGGGUGUCCCUUUGGUCCCACAGGGCCCAAGGACCUGUUGGUCUCCCAGUGCCUUCUGUCACUCCAUGUGAGGGAACGUGCCAGUGACCAGGAUGCUGAGGGACUGUUGUUACAAGGGGAACAACCCCUUCAUUCUCUCCCUUGGUGUAGGGCUGGCUCUGGUUCUCUCCUACCCUAUGGAGCUCCUUCCACCCCCCACCUUGGGGAGGACCUGGCCCUGUUCCUGUACCCCUCCUGUACACUAACACUGCAGCCUGGCCACCCUUGAGUGAAGCAAUAAAGUAGCCCUUUCUUCUCCCCCAACAGGCUUUUGGGGCUGGCUAGCAUUAGGGUCGUUUUGUACCCACAGCACCAGGGCCCUGGGGAGUUGUGGGGAAAUAAGGUAAUAGCCUGCCAGAAUGAGGGCUGCUUUGGUGAUCACUCUGGGAUCACCAUGGGGCAGCUCAGGGGCUUGGAGAACCCAGGAGAGGAACGAAGCACUAGUGCUGGUGGGAGGACACGGGGAGAUGGUGCCUGAUAGAGCAGGAGAGCCUGGGAUUCAGCACUUCUGAAGUCAGUGGCUAGUCCAGUGACUUCCCCAGCUGGAAGAUGGGUAGUGCUUAUGGCUUGCCCCCCAUCUGCAUGCCUGGCUAAUGACAGCCUUUAGGGUCAGGCAGCAUGGUGUCAGGGGCUGGCACAUUCCCCACCACCUGGAGCAUUUGUUUCUUUGGGUCCCUGAAUGGGGUUUGGGGGUCCUGGUUCCCCAAGCUCCAUUCUCUCCCUGGUGUUUGGGGCUAGAAGGAGGUGGCAAAGAACCCUUGUGGGAUUUUUCCCUCAGCAGCUGCUCAGGUCAGUCCCUGUCUGUUAGCCACAGCCCUUAGGGCAGGGGUGAGCACUGGUUUCCCAUCUGCCUUCACAUGCACUCUGUCUCCUUUCAUGCCCUCCCUAGCAGGAGAGAGAGGGCCAUGCCUGUUGGUUUGGGCACUGGGGCUUUGUGGGGCUGGCCUGCAGGCAGGCAGACCCCUCUGCCCACCCCCAACAUGCACCCCCAGGCCCAUCUGUGUCGAUGGAUUUGGCCGUUGUCUGCGUGAUGCGCCCCUCACGCUGUGAUCAAACAUUCCACGUUCUCCAAUAAAGGACCCAGGAGAGUCUGGUG